GCGACGCAAGUCAAGCCUCCGGUACACCAGACACCGGAUACCUUACCCGCGGCGAGCGAUCCCGUGUCACACGGCCGCAAGCCACUCCAUGGGCCCACCUGCUAGCGCCGUAGGGGUGGGUGGGUGGCUCCGGCGUAGCGUAGGCAUCCGCCUCCGCGUCAUCUGGCCGGCGGCUCCGCCCCUCUCAUCGAUCCACGUUUUAACGGCCCACUCGCCGCCGGCUGUGGCUGAGCUCAGAACCUCACACUCGCUGCUCGUCCUCGUCCGUCCCUUUCCCUCUCUUUCUGGGCUCUGACUGACAGUGACGAGCUCCAUGGGCGCGGCGGCGCGGAAGCGGAAGCCCGCCUCUUCUCUGCUGCCAAUCUGGCUCCUCUGCCUCGCCUGCGCUGCGAGCGCGCAGCCGUACAUCGGCGUCAACUACGGCGAGGUGGCGGACAACCUGCCGCCGCCGGAGGAGACGGCGCGGCUGCUCAAGUCCACGGCCAUCUCCAAGGUCCGGCUCUACGGCGUCGACGCGGGGCUCAUCCGCGCGCUGGCCGGCUCCAACAUCUCCGUCGUCGUCGGCGUGGCCAACGGCGACAUCCCCUCGCUGGCCGCGGACCUGGCCGCGGCGUCGCGGUGGCUCGCCGCCAACGUGCUCCCGUUCGUCCCGGCCACGGCCAUCUCCGCCGUGGCCGUGGGCAACGAGGUGCUCGAGUCCGGGGACGCCUCCCUGGCCGCGGCGCUGCUCCCGGCCAUGCAGAACCUCCGCGCCGCCGCCGCCGCCGCGGGCGGCGCCGCCGCGGGGGUCAGGUUCUCCACCGUCAACACCAUGGGCGUGAUGGCGCAGUCGGACCCGCCGUCCACGGGCGCGUUCCACCCGGACAUUGCGCCGCAGCUGCAGGGCAUCCUGGGCUUCCUCAGCAAGACCGGCUCGCCAUUCAUGAUCAACCCCUACCCGUGGUUCGCGUACCAGUCCGACCCGCGCCCGGACACGCUCGCCUUCUGCCUCUUCCAGCCCAACGCCGGCCGCGUCGACGCCGGGUCCAAGAUCAAGUACACCAACAUGUUCGACGCGCAGCUGGACGCCGUCAAGUCCGCGAUGGUGCGCGCCGGGUUCGGGAACGUGGACAUCGUGGUGGCGGAGACGGGGUGGCCGACGAGGGGCGACGCCGGCGAGCCCGGCGCCUCGGUGGAGAACGCCAGGGCGUACGUGUCGAACCUGGUGGCCCACCUGCGGUCCGGCGCCGGCACGCCGCUGAUGCCGGGGAAGCCGGUGGAGACGUACCUGUUCGCGCUGUACGACGAGGACCUCAAGCCCGGGCCGGCGUCGGAGCGCUCGUUCGGGCUGUACCACACGGACCUGAGCAUGGCGUACGACGCCGGGCUGGCGGCGGGGGCCGCGGCCGGGGCGCCGGCGGCGGGGCAGCCGAGGGCCGGCGGCGGGUGGUGCGUGGCGCGGAACGGCGCGUCGGACGCGGAGCUGCAGGCGGACCUGGACUACGCGUGCGCGCAGGUGGGCGUGGACUGCGGCGCCAUCCAGCCCGGCGGCGCGUGCUUCGAGCCCAACACGGUGCGCGCCCACGCCACGUACGCCAUGAACCAGCUCUACCAGGCCGCGGGGCGCCACCCCUGGAACUGCGACUUCCGGGCGUCCGCCACGCUGACCUCCGACAACCCCAGCUACGGCGCGUGCGUGUACACCGGGGGAGGCCAAUGAUGGGAGGCAGCCACUGUCGUCUAACCCCGACAGCCACCUCCCGGCGGCAGCGUGGCGCACGACUCGUCCUCCGCUCCGAGGGCCAUGGUGAUUGGCAUGGGCUACUGCGGAGGGCCUGGGCUCUCUGGACGGACCGAAUAAAGCUUGGAAUAAUGGCGGUGGUUGUCGACUUGUCGUGGUGUAGAAGGACCCCAAGUGCAUGUGCAAUGGCCGCGAAUGCAAAGCGUCCCCUUGUUUGUGGCUUCGUCGUAGCAGCAGCAGCAGAAGUUCCCCCUUGGCUGGCGGCUGGCCGCUCCUUUUGAGCUGCCUGCCGUUGCCUUUGUGUUGAGAGAGGAGAAGGUAUGCCUUUGUUUGUGACAGUUGUGGUUAGCGCUUUGGGCAGGGUUAAUUGGGUUGUUUGCGGCUUUGUGUAAACCGAGUGUCAGUUGCUGUCAGUGAUGGCAUGUGGGCAUGUGGCGUGUGUGUCUGUCCAUUAGUAGAAUUUUACUGAAUUAUUCAAACUUUUACUUACCCUAAAAAUGGUACCCUGCCAAUAUGCUGUAUUAUGAAUUUCAUGAUCA